AUGGUGGGGCACCGGGGCGGGCGGCCGCCGCCUCUUCAGCACCAGAGCGGACCCCGCUGCGCCGAGGAGGGGUCCUGGAGCCGUCCCCUGCCGCCUGCCUGGAUCCUCCUGCCCCUGCGGGAAGCGGAGAGGGACGGGCUCGGGGAGCCCCCGGCGAAGCCCCGGCCCCAUCCGUGUCACCCUCCCCUCCGCGGCACGGGGGUGCCCGUGCCUGCUCCCCGCGGGUCCCCUCGCCCCCGGCCCGGCACUCGGCCCCCGGGCACCGCGGUGCCCUCGCGGCUGUGCCUCCAGCAUCACGGCACACCCGUGGGCAGGGCAGGGCAGGGCACGGCCCGGUGUGGCACCCCGGCCCCGUGUCCCCGCGCCAGCCGCCUCCCCGGGGUGCCGCCGGCGGAACCCCCCGCCCUGCCCAAGCCCGCCGUGCCCCCCAGCCCCGGCCGCGGGCACGGGCGGACACGCGCGGCCGGGAAGCACCGGGGACACCCCGGCUGCCCCUCGGGGGAUCCCCGCGCCCGGAGGCGCCGCGGGGUCCCCAACGCCGGGGGUCCCUGCCCUGCCCUGCCGCCGGCACCUCCCGCAGCCCCCUCGCCCCGGCCCGGGGUCCCUCCGGCAGCCCCGGGGGGCGGCUGA